AUGAUGUUCUUCUUCUUGUUUGGUCUCUCUCUGGCUGCUGUGGCUCCUUUGGACGGACAGGAGUUGAGGUUACUGCCUGGCGGCUGCCCCGUGUUCUGGUACAGCUUCAAUGGCCGCUGCUACAAAUACGUGGCCACACUGAUGACCUGGGUAGAUGCAGAGCAGCACUGCCUGUCUCAAGGAGCAAACCUGGUGUCCAUCCACAGUCUGGAAGAAGAGAACUUUGUCAAAAUGCUGAUCAGAAACUUUGACCCGGCUCAGGGACCCAAAUGGAUCGGACUCUCUGACGCUCAAAGGGACGGAGCAUAUUUCUGGACCGAUGGCUCUCCAAUCACCCAUAGUUAUUGGCAUACAGGAGAGCCAAACAAUGCAGGAGGAUCUGAAUCGUGUGUGCACACCAACUCAGGUCCAACGGGGAAAUGGAACGAUGUAGUCUGCACAGCUGAAUUUGCCUUUGUUUGCAAAGCUCGCCCAGCUUCUCAAUAG